AAACGCCCGUUAAAAGAUCCAAACUUUGUGCCGCCGCCUCCUGUUUGCACAGAGGGGAAGAGAGAGAGAGAGACGGAAAGGGGGAGAUGAGCCGGAGCCUGGGGAUCCCGGUGAAGUUGCUCCAUGAGGCAGCGGGUCAUGUGGUGACGGUGGAGCUCAAGACCGGCGAAGUGUACCGGGGGUCCAUGGUCGAGUGCGAGGAUAACUGGAAUUGCCAGCUCGAGAACAUUACCUUCACCGCCAAGGAUGGGAAGGUUUCGCAGCUGGAGCACGUCUUCAUCAGAGGAAGCAGAGUGAGAUUUAUGAUUAUACCUGAUAUGCUCAAGAACGCUCCCAUGUUCAAGCGCUUGGAAGCGAGAAUUAGGGGCAAAGGAUCAGCUAUUGGAGUUGGGCGUGGACGUGCAGUUGCAAUGCGUGCUCGGGCUGCUUCUGGUCGUGGUGGUGGUCCUGUUGGGCGAGGCAGCGCGCCUCCUGUGAGGAGGUAGAUUUUAUGGUGUCAUGCGGCUUUUCUUGUCUGGCUGAGGAUGUUGCAGUCUGAUGUUAGGACGCUGUCUUGGUAGUCAAAACUGCCGUAAUGUAUAAUUCAACGGCUUAAGGAGUAUGAGUGUGCAACCUCUUAUUGUUGAAUGUAAUGUGUUGACGGUGGUUGUUUUCCUUGCUCUAUUCGGAUGGCUGGACCAAAAAAUAUCAUGUGUUCUCGUCG